GUACAGGGGCUCUCAGGAUAUGUGCCAAGGACAUUGUCCUCCCAGUGGUUCCUUUUUUCUCCAGGUGGCUGCAUGCCAAGCUCCCCAGAGCCCAGACCAGCCCCCAGCUUCCUGCAGCCUCUGCCUGCCUCCCUCUACCCCAGGGCAGCUGUGGGCAAACAGUCCCUGGCAUUUCCUUCCUGGCGAACAGCCAGUCCAGCCUGGCACACUUGUGGCCAGCUGGCAGCAUUCAUUGGGCAAGCUUGGCUUUGAGAUGUUUGAUUUGGGGUGCUGGACUUUGUCUGCCCUGGUCAGAGGAUGCUCUGAGAUGGGGAGGGAGCUCAGCGGGAGCAAUGAGCCUUCAGUGGGAGCCACUGUCUCGUGUCUCUGCAGCAACAUCAUCGACGUGUCGGCAGCGGAUUCCCAGGGCAUGGAGCAGCACGAGUACAUGGACAGAGCCAGGCAGUACAGCACACGCCUGGCCAUGCUCAGCAACAACCUGACGCACUGGAAGAAGCUCCCACUGCUGCCAUCUCUGACUAACCAGCCACACCAAGUGCUCGCCAGCGACCCUGUUCCCUUUGCAGACCUGCAGCAGGUGUCCCGGAUAGCUGCCUAUGCCUUCAGUGCGCUCUCACAGAUCCGUGUCGACGCCAAAGAAGAACUGGUUGUACAGUUUGGCAUCCCCUGACCCUGCCCCCACCACUGCUGCUUCAGUGCUUUGGGUUGGUUUUGGUUUUUUCCCCAAUUUUUCUCUUUAUAUCCCUUCCCUCCCCAUGCUGCUGCCACAGAACUUGGACAGAUACCCUGCUUCCUACUAAAUGCCAAGGCGCCCAUCAUUGGCACAUCGAGCCCACCUGCACUGCUCGAGGCUUUCUCCUCCUCAUGGGUGGGUGGGUGUUUGUGGGGAGGAGGCUGUGUCAGCUGGACACUGCCUUGCACAGGGACAAGCACAAAGGGAACAGCCGGUGCGAGGAGGCCCUGGUGUGGGUCAGCACCAUGUGCCAGGUCACCAGGACGGGUGGGCUGGAGCCAGCCACUUGUGAUGCUCUACAUGGGGCCUGGUGGCUCCAACACCAUCCCUUCUCCUUUUUACAUGUUUAGACCUUUAUUUUGCUUGUUUUUGUUUGUUCAUUCGCUUGUUUUUUAAAAUUACUAUUAUUUUUUGCCAUAGUAGAUAAAGCCACGUUCAUUCAGUGCUUGUCUCCACUGUUCUCUGUCGGACACAGCAUGGACGUGAUGGAAGAGCCGUGCCCUGGGGGUGUGGUACGCACAUCUGUUCCUUGUCACUUCUUUGAUGUCCCACAGGGCCAAGAGGACAAGGGGACAGAAAAGGUAUGAUGACCCAGCUAAGGGGAAGGAAGCAGCUAAGAUUCAUAAAUGCUUGAAAAUGGUCGAAAGGAAUGUACAAAGUCAGAGGGUUUUAUUAGUAAAUUACACACUUGGUCUUAAUCUCAAUCUACACUCAGUGCAGGAACUACAACAAGGAUGUUUAUUACCAACAGCUGUUGAGUCCUGGCUAGACUCUACAUCCAUCCAGUUAUCUGUGUCUGAGGCAUACCCGGUAGCUCUCGCGUUCUGGGAGCGGGGUGCCCAGCGUGUCCCGGUGCCGGGCCCAGCGUGCCCCCUGCAGCCCGGCGCGAGUGCCGGGCCCCGCCCCGGCCCGGAGGUGCCCAGCGCGGAGCGGCGGGGGCGGGCCGGCGCGGCGUUCGAAUCACAGCGGCCCGGGGCCGGGGCCCGACCGGCUAGAGCUGGAGCCUCGGCACCGAUGUGAUGACGGACGGACGCGAUUCCCCAGCCACGGUGAACAGCACAAAGGUUUGUCCUCAUCCCCCAAUGAUCUGUCUCAGCUCCAGGACUGUAGUGUCUUCAUCAGAAUUACCCACAAAAUCCACGGGAGCAAGGAGGGGGAGUCCGUGCUGGAGCAGCCGCUGCCAGAGAGGAUCUCCUUCAUCCAUGGUUUCCUGCAGAAGCACUGGAGGUACAAAUUCACUGCAGAGAACAUGGUCUCUGUACAGAAACUCAUGGAGAGGAGAGAGGCCAGGAUGAAGUGACUGAGUAUGAUAUUGAAGAAAGCAACCACUGGACUGUUAUGGACAGAGGGGAGAUGAUGAUUGUUUUGUUUCUGAGGAAGAAUCAGUCAUCAAUCUCAAGCUCAGCAGACUCAAACUGGGAAAGAGACCUAUCUUCCCCCGAUUCAGAACACCCCCUGCCUCUGCCCAAGUCAAGAGAUCCUCUGAAAAAGAUGGAACAAUACUCCAUAAUGGACUGGGCAGCAGUGAGACACAAAGCAAUAAAAAAAAAUAUUUUGAUCUAGCUAAAGAGCUGCUCUUAGCCAAGCCAGUUAGAGAAGAUGCUAAUCCAAGAUGGGAACCAUUGAAUUGUGAUGGUAUUGAAGAUUUGAGACAAGUGGUAAGGGAAAAUGGAUUAGACUCACGUGUUUCAAGCAAUUGCUGAAAGAAAUAUAUUGUAAUGUAGAUUUAACACCAUAUGGCUGUCACUAUAUCUCUUCCAUAAUAUUGACAGAAUCACAAUGCAUCUUAUGGGGCCUGAAGUGGAGAAAAUUCUUGAAUAGAUUACUUGAAACUUAUGCCGGGGGCUCCUAUGCUGCAUUGACGCUGGCAGAUUUAACAGAAGGCCCUCCACAUGACAGGUGUGAAGAUCAAGCAGCAUACCUGCCUAGAGUAGUACUUAAUGAUAUCAAAAAUCCUGCUUGCAAAGCCCUGCAGCUGACUCAGCCAGUGGGAACUCAGAAGGAACUUAUACAGAAAUAAGACAAGGGCCAGUAGAGCCCUAUUCAGCAUUUAUUGACCUCCUGGCACAAGCUCUAGAGAAACAGUGUGAAGAUGAAGUGGCUCGUCCACUUCUGCUUUGCAACUUUGCUUAUGCAAACGCCAGUGAAGGAUGUGAAAAGGUUAUCUGAAGCUUGCCUGAUCCUGAACCUGCCUUGCCCCAAAUGAUUGAGGCUUGCAGUGAAAUUGGCAGCCCUCAGCACAUAGCAACCAUUCUAGCAAAUAUACUGGGAGACAGAUUUGGAAAAGCUUUUACAAAUCAGGCAGAAGUGAGGGAUGAGAAACUUGCAAAAGCCCUCAAUGGCCUCAGCUUGACACACAGAUGGGCACACAGAUAAACUAGAGCCUGCUUCUGUACCAAGAUACAUUCCUAGCCAGAAUCACCGAAGUUUGAAACCUUGUCUGUAUGAAUCCCAAGCCAACGUGAACAGCUUAGUUUUUCUAGGACUUCACAAAAGUUUUAGGCUGUAAGUGUUUUUAUUUAUUCCAUCACACACACACAAAAAUAAAAGUCUGGAACAUGGCAUUAAAGACGAUCUAUAAUUAAGUUGGCUUGACCUAACCUGCCAGAAUAAUCCACGUGACCUGUGGUGUAUGCUCUUUUUCUCCAUGCCUUCUUGCUAUUCAUGUCUACAUACAAUUAGAUUGUGUGGAAUUUGGUUGUGUGUCUGGCUCAUUUAGAGGGUAUGUGUUGCUUUGGUGGCUAUUUAACAUGCUGUUUGAUCUCUUCCCCCCCUCCCCAAAAAAAAAAAAAGAAAGGGCAGAAAAAAAAAAUAUACAUAUAUGUGUAUAUAUGCGUAUAGAGUACACUGAGACAUUGCAAUGAGGAGCAUUUAAGACACUAAGAAAUUUCUAGGUCAGGCAUUCCUAGGACUAGAUGGUUUCUGGAAGAGAGCAGAGCCAGCUGCAAUUAUUCUACCUGCAGUGAGAACUGCUUCUUUACAGGCCUGAACACGCCUGUUUCCCAGCAGUCCCUGAAGUUUUAGUGUGGGAAGGACCCAGUAAAGUGAAGGAUCUGAACGAUAACAAUCAUCUUCCUGUGAGAACGAAGGACGUAGUUGCCUCAGUGAGGUUUCCUUCUGCUUUCACACGGGUCUCAGGAGGCUCACAUGAUGAUGGUAUUGUUCACCUUUAAAACCGCAAACACACUUCUGCAAUAAAAGUGGAGAGGGGAUGUUGGAGGUGGGGAGAGCAGAGAAGAGGAAUGCUUCCUCUCAAACCACAAGGCUGGUGGAGAUGCUGGAUCCCAGUUAUCAUCUGUUUUGCCUGGUACCCUCCUUGCAACACUGAAAGCCCAGGAAAGAAGCCAUGAAACCUGCAAACAUGUCCUGACACUUCCCAGAAACAGCUUCAGAGUUUUGACCUACCAGAUUCUGUUCUGAACCAAUGCUGGUAUUUUGCCAUUAAAAAAUGCCAGAUAAAAUACAUUCCAAGCUCUACCACACAGAAAAAUAAAGAGUGAAACAAAA